AUGACCUGGGCAAAGAUAGCUGGGAAGGGCAUCGCAGUAGUGGAGAAUUCCUCGUACGAGGUGACCUGGAAUUGCGACGUUCAGGAAGAGAAUCGAGCGUUGGUCGACCGAAUCGCGCUGGGCAUGACACAGAGGUACGGAUACAAGCGUAUCGCCGUCCGUGCAGGAGUCCACAAUACUUUCUCCAAGAGAGAUCAGUACAAUCGAAAGUACAUCGAGCGGAACGCUCCGUGGCAUUUCACGCUCGAGUUUCUCACAGCUGACGGUACGUAUCGUAAUGCACACGUGUAUACUGAUAUCGAGGUGAAGAAGAACAAGCUCGGCGAGCAGGUUCCAAUCGCCAAAGGGCUGACCAAAUUGGGUGGCAGCAUCAAAGAGAACCCAGAAACGUUUGGAGACCAGGACCAUCCUAGUGCAAAGAGAUUUGCGACACUGUCAAGUGUUGUGAGAUUCUCCGCCUCCAAGAUCACGUUCAAGAUCUGA